UGUGGAUCAGGACCCCAGAUUCCCCAAUAACCGCCAGAACCCCACCACGUCAAAGGGCACGGCAGGCAGCUUCAUGAACUCCCCGACUCGAAGAUCCCGACUGUAAACAGCUCAUUUUCGAACUUCUGUCCACGGCCGCCUUGGAUCAGCAGGCUACUUCGCAAAUACUCCCCCGCAAGGUAUGCGCCCGCCAUUGCUCGUUCCCACCUUCAAGUGUCACUGUCCUCCUCCCUGAGGACACUCCUCUCUACCUCCUCGGACCUCCGAUCUCGUGCUACACAACCCACCACCUCCGACCUACGAGUGCGACGGAAUAUCAGAAAUCAACUCAAGCAACAGCAGCAACAAGAUGUCAGGACAGUCCUCAAUAGCCCUCAAAGAGGAGGGUAACCGCCACUUCCAAAAGGGCGAUUAUGUCGCCGCUGAGGCGUUGUACACCAAAGCAAUCCUCUCCGACCCCACAAACCCCCUCCUCUACACCAACCGCGCCAUGGCGCGCCUCAAAAUGUCACGCUGGGACUCGGUAAUCGAAGACUGCGAGGAAUGUCUCCGCCUUUCCUCCCUUUCCUCCUCCUCCAGUACCCCCGGUUCCAAGGCGCCGGGCAGCAAAAACUUCAAAGCCCUCUACUACCUCUCGCAAGCGCACCUGCCCUUGAAAAACUACGACCAGGCCGUUUCCUACGCGCUAGAAGCGCACAAGAUCUGUGCCGAGACGCAUGAUAAGAGCUUAGCGGCCGUGACGAGCCAAGUCCUGAAAUGCAAGAAGGAGAGGUGGGAGCAUCGGGAGAAGCUUCGGAGGAGGGAAGAACAAGAAUUGGAGGGGGAGGUGGUGGAGAUUUUGAGGGGGGAGAUGGAGGGUUUACUAAAGGGUAGUGAUGAUGAAGCCGAAAAGAAAGAGACGGAAAAAAUGUACGAGGACAAAAUCGAGAGGAUAAGAGCCGCCUUUGAAAGGGCGAGGGAGAAGGAAAACCAGAGAAGACCGAAUCCGCCGGAUUGGGCGAUUGAUGAUAUCAGUUUUCAGGUUAUGGUUGAUCCUGUUAUGACAAAAACAGGCAAAUCCUACGAGCGCGCCUCCAUCGAGGAACAUCUCCGAAGAAGCGAAACGGAUCCGCUGACGAGGGCACCCCUGACCAUUAAGGAUCUGAUGCCCAACAUCGACCUUAAGCACGCUUGCGAGGAGUUCCUGAAUGAAAAUGGGUGGGCUGUUGACUGGUAGGAGCGUAGCGAUGGUUCCUCUCGGUAGUGGUUUACGAUCUCCCCACCCACCUGGCCUUGUUUACUUGAAGAAUAUUCAUUGUUUUGGGGCGGUUCUUGGGGCUAGCAUUUUGUUCCAUGUUGUUAUAGUUACCUACUGCAUAGCAGAGCGGUGUUUCUGGGAGUUGUUAAGUUGUUUGUUUGUUCGGCUUAUCGGCUUAUAUAAGCGGGCGAUGCGUUCAUUGCCUUUUAAUCGUUAGCUCAAUCACAGCUGCUUCGUGGUUGUUCUUCUUUCUACCAUCUACUGUAAUUAUCAGAGCAAGAAGAACAUCGUGUUGGUCAACAACCCAAGC